GCCGUUUGUUGACUACGUUCUCCACAAUGACACAGCCAAGGAGCUUUUGAACUGGACAAAGCCCACGUUUGUUCCUGAUGAAACUUUCUUUGCUAUGCUCAAUGCAAACCCUCAAUUAGGCAUUAAAGGCACUUAUAAAGGAUUUCCUGAACACAACGCUUCAAGACCAUAUUUGACAAGGUUUAAAAAUUGGUCGUACUUCCGUCGCCCAUGUGCCGAAAAGAAAUAUGUACGGGGUAUUUGUAUAAUCACAACAGGUGAUUUGUGGCAAAUGAAAAACGCCACCCAGCUGUUUGCCAACAAAUUAUUUAUCCAAGAAGACAGGGUGGCCGUCGGCUGUCUGGAGGAAAGACAUUUUAACAACACAAGGGAUGAAUAUCUGGGGGUGAAAACCUUCAAUACUACCUAUUAUGAGAAUUUAGAUUUUGUCAAGAAUAGAGUAGAAUAG